GCUACGUGAUGUGCUCAGUCCCGCUGAGAAUUCGGAAUCAAACAGUUGCAUACCACGACUAGUGUGCCGCCGACUUUUGUUCUUGUUUUCUGGAGCACUGGGAUACUCCGGGGGGGCAGCACUGUGCAGUGACACCGAUACAUACGUGCGUGUGAUCAAAAUGUGUUUUUGUCAGAGAUGAUAGCCGUGGUUACAUUUUUAGGGGGGGUUGAAAUCUGGAGAUACGUAGGCCUAAUGUUCUCUUCGUUAAAUUAUCCAAGUUAAGACUGCAUGUACAGUUGGGUGCUCGUAGCUGGAGAGUCAUUUGACCGCCAGUAGGGGGUCUGUGGAAGAGGAGAACCAGGGCAUUGUGAAACAGACUAGUUCAUGUUGUUGGAAGUAUAAUAUUUAUAAACGAAAAGUGCCAGAGGUGGUGGAGGCCCCUGACCUCCUCCCACAAACUGUUUCCGGUUACCCAAAAUGUUAAACCCAUUUAUGGACACCACUCAUCAUCACCUGGCAACGAUGGGUCUGAAAAUGAGUCCACCGCCUGUGGUAUCCCCCCAGUCAGGAGGGCACCAAAUCGCCUCUGCUGGGACCAUGUCCUCGUCUGUUGCAACUGGCGGGUCCGCGACAGGCGACAUCUCUGCUGGACAGCCAGGCUCGGCAAUGAACCAUCACAAUCAUUUUUCACCACAGGCCACGAAUGGGUAUCACCAUCACACGGCGAUGGGUCACCACCUGAAUCCCCACGCCGGGUACGCGGCGAGGGACUUCCUUCUUCGGCGGGAACAUCACCACGACUUCUCGGCGGCACCUGUGCCUUCAGCGGCCGCGGGAACCACUGACCCCGCGGCGGCGGCCGUCCUGUUCCCGUCCACCGCAUUACAUCACGACCCCGCGCCGCAGCUGAACCAUCACCACCACCAUCACCACCAGCCCUUAGCGAAUCACCACUUGAAUCAUCACAUGCGGCUCGGCAUGGAUGUGUAUACCCGUGCUGCGGCCGAGCACCAUCCAUAUCAUCAAGCGUCAACACAUCACCAAUUCGCGGCCAUGAACGCGGCUGCAGCUCAUCAUCACGCCAUCACCAGCAUGGCACCUCAUCACCCGGCUCACCACGCCACUCACCACGGGGCGUUCUUCAGAUAUAUGCGGCAACCUGUGAAGCAGGAGAUGUCGUGCAUGUGGAUCGAACCCGAGCAGCCUGUUCCAAGGAAGACGUGCGGAAAGACAUUCACGACGAUGCACGAGAUCGUGACCCAUCUGACUGUAGAGCACGUCGGCGGUCCCGAGUGCACAACGCACGCCUGCUUCUGGCAGAGCUGUCCCAGGAACGGGAGGCCCUUCAAGGCGAAGUACAAACUCGUGAAUCAUAUUCGUGUUCAUACGGGCGAGAAGCCGUUCCCUUGUCCCUUCCCCGGAUGCGGCAAAGUGUUCGCCAGGUCCGAGAACCUCAAGAUACACAAGAGGACGCACACCGGCGAGAAACCGUUCAAGUGUGAAUUCGAAGGCUGCGACCGGCGGUUCGCAAACAGUUCAGACCGGAAGAAGCAUUCACACGUUCACACAUCGGACAAGCCAUACAACUGCAGGGUUUCGGGGUGCGACAAGAGCUACACACAUCCCAGUUCUCUGCGGAAGCACAUGAAAGUGCACGGCUGUGGGGCCGGUUCUGCCGGCAAAAGCCCUCCCCCUGGCUAUGAUAGUGACGGAAGCGACUCCAACAGCUCUUCAGCAGCGUCCAUCAGCGUCUCGGCGACAGGUGGCGGGUCUGCAGGCGCAGGCACCACCUCCCCAGAUCAGCACAACCAUCACCAUCACCACCACCAUCACGCCAACAACCCUCCAUCAGGCAAUACUGCCUCGUCCAUCCACCAACAACACAACCCCCUGAGCUCCUCAAUAUCCCACCAACAAUCUGCCCCCGGGACGACUAACCUAUCUGAGUGGUAUGUGUGUCAAAGUGCCACAGGAAUGCCAACACCGCCAAGUAACGAACAUUCACCCGUUAACCAUCUAAAUCAUUUGAACCAUUUAAAUCACCUAAAUCAUCACCACAUGGUACAUCACCAUCAUCAUAGCGCGGGAGCUGCCACGGCCUACUGAGAACUACCCCCCGCACCGCCGCCUGCCACCCUCCUGCCCUGGAGGCUGUGAUCAUGUCAUAAUGGGGUGGGAGGAUUACAGGCUUCUCACAGUUAGGCUUCACUUCUUACUCUCAUGUCAUGGAGAGAUGACACCAAGAAUCUGCUCAUUAGGAUGCAUACAGAUCUUACUGGCCCACAGAAGUCUUCAUGUCAACGUUUACAAUUUAUUCAGUGUAGGGUCUUAUGAACAUAACAUAGCGUCGUACAGUUAAAAAACCUUAUAAAUUUGCUUCUGAGUCAUUUGAACUCGAAAUUAACAGAUACAUCCGAAACUAAUUCGACAAAAUGCUGUACCGAAAAAUUCUACCAUGAAUAAGGACCGCCGUAAAACCAAAGUUUCAAAGAUUUCAAUUCUGUUUAUCUCUUUCCGCCAAUCGCUGUGGCCGCGCGGGUAAAGACAUGAACAGUCUUCGCUCGCUCUGACUCUGGGAUCGUGGGUUCGAAUCCCACUUAAGGCAUGGAUAUUUGUUU